AUGGUGAACAACCACGACUCAAGAUAUCGAGAAGAAGGCUUCGCCUUGAACAUCCUCUGGAAUAAGAUGCGCAAGGCGAUGUUUUGGAGACCAGCGCCACUAUACUUGCCAGAUCUGCUCAUUAACACGAAAUCGAACUCUCCAACAAGAGUCAUGACGGUUAAUAUACUCGUACCUGACCGCAAGACUGCACACACCAUUCUAGGAAAGUCGCUAGCGACCGGCUCAUGGGGAAGAAUGUACCUGACAGACCCUUGCCCCCCGAUCCGCCUUCGAGUCGCGUACUUCAUACAUCGACAGGGCGUAUAUGAUGAACUCCACACCAACUACGGCAAAGUCUACCGAAGCAGCCUGGAGGCUGAAAUGGCGGACGUGUCGAUGCAGGUAGCUCUCGUGAAGCCAUGCACGAUCGGCACUAUGUGGAGACUGGCGGCAAAGAUGGCACUACAGGACAAGUACAUUCGUGACAAGAUCACGGUACAGCAAAGAUUGGGACGUUGCAUUGAGGCAAGGGAAGAUGGAAGGAACUUUGGUGAGAUUGAGCUGGAAGACAUGAGCAAGGAGAGGGAUGGUUUCACGUUUGAGGAGUGGCAGCUGAGGGUGCAUUGUCGUAGUAAGAUGAUCAAGAAGAUGCAGAAGGCGGUGACGGAUCGAUAUGCUGAAGCAAUGGCGUAG